AUGUCUCUAUCCGGCAAGAUCACCCUCAUCACUGGCGGCUGCAAGAACCUUGGAGCUCUCAUCGCUACCCUUUUCGCGGCCGACGGUGCCCAUCUAGCCCUGCACUACAACUCCUCCGCUUCCAAGUCCUCCGCAGACCAACUCACCACCGACCUCACGUCCAAAUACCCAAACAUCACGGUGAAAACUUAUCAGGGUGACCUGACCACCGCAUCCAGCGUUGCUGCCCUAUUCGACGCCGUCUCCAAGGACUUCAACGGCAAGCUCGACAUCGUGAUCAACACGGUGGGCAAGGUGCUCAAGAAGCCGCUCAGCGACGUUUCCGAAGCCGAAUAUGAUGAGAUGUUCGCCGUGAAUUCUAAAGCGGCGUUCUUCAUUACACAAGAAGCGGCGAAGCGAGUCGGCGAGGGCGGCAAGAUCAUUAACACCGUCACGAGCUUGUUGGCGGCCUAUACGCCUCUAUAUACGAGUUAUCAAGGCAGCAAGGCGCCGGUCGAGUUCUUCACGAAAGGUCUGAGUAAGGAGCUGAUGCCGAAGAAAAUCAGUGUGAAUGCUGUUGCCCCAGGACCCAUGGACACUCCAUUUUUCUACGGCCAAGAAACCCCCGAAGCCGUAGCAUUUCACAAGUCCAACGCCAUCGGCGGACGAUUGACGCUUGUUGAAGAUAUUGCCCCCAUCUUCAAGUUUCUUUGCACCGAGGGUGCGUGGAUUAACGGUACGUUACUUACAUAUCCUCAUCAACAACGAAGGAGGAAACACAAUCCCGCCCUGUUCCUUUCAUUAACCCAACCUGCCAUCUAUCUAAUCAUGACCAGUUGA